AUGGCCGGGGUGAAGUCCGACUGGUGGGCCGGAUCACACAGAGAACCACCCAAAGCAAAAACCAAGAACUUGCCCAACUUAAAGAAGACAACAGUUUACAACCAAGGAAGGAAGGGAUCCCCGAUGGCAACCGUGGAUGAAGACGGAUCGAGUCGACGGAAGAAUCCGAAUGUCCUGAUCACCGGUACUCCCGGCACCGGAAAGACCACCCAUGCGGAGAUGCUGGCUCAGGAAUCCAACGGCGCACUCAGGGCGAUCAAUAUCGGUGACUUCGUUAAGGAACAUGGGUGCCAUGAAGGAUGGGAUGAUGAAUGGCAGAGUUGGUUGGUCGACGAUGAAAAACUCUUAGACGAAUUGGAACCCCUGAUGUCCUCAUCGGAAGGGGGAAUCAUACUAGACUGGCAUUCCUCAGAAAUCUUCCCGGAGAGAUGGAUCGACUUGGUCAUCGUUCUACGGACAUCACAUACGAUACUCUGGGAUCGAUUAGAGAAACGGAAGUAUUCGUUAAAGAAGAUUCAAGAGAAUAACGAGGCUGAAAUCAUGGGCGAAUGUCUGGAAGAGGCUAGAGAGAACUAUGACGAGGAAAUCGUGAUCGAAUUGGAUAGUGAAAAUAUUGAUGCUAUCGACUCUAAUAUCCAUCGUAUCUUAGCUUGGAUCGAACAGUGGAAAACUGACAAUCAAGACUUAUCAAAUUGA